GCGUAUAAAAAUACCGAUACAGCUUUAAUUUAUGCUUUAUGAUAUGUUUUCCCUCGAUUUUCAACACCUAACCUCUGUAUGAAUUUCACAUCACUGACCAUUCGCUGACAGAAGUUGAAACAUUUGAAAGUCGAUUGCAAUAAAUGUGGUGCAAUAAUUGACACAUUAAAUAAGUAAUCCACAAUUAUCCGAAACAAUGACUUCGUCUGAUCUGCGUGAAUUAGCACUAAAAUUGGGAGCAAUGGAAACAAUCUCGACAAAAAAACCCAAUCUGCCAGCACGGACCAAGCCAGCCCAGCAAUUCGACUACCUCAUCGUCCUCGACUUCGAAGCGACCUGCUGGAACACCAAAAUGACACGCAAGACAGCAAAUGAAAUCAUUGAGUUCGCAGCUGUCUUGCUACACAUCCCCAGCGGCGAAAUCAUCUCAACAUUCAAGAAAUACGUCAAACCCACCGAAAAUCCCAUCCUCACUGACUUCUGCACAUCCCUCACUGGCAUCAAACAAUCCACAGUUAAUAAUGCAUCAACCAUUGAGCCAGUUCUCGAAGAAUUUGACUCUUGGGUGCAAGAAAACUCCAAACUGCACAAUUUCGACUUUGUAUCAACCCAGUACAAGAAAAACGAUUCUCUCUGCACGUUCGCAACAUGGUCCGACUGGGAUCUCGGCACAUGCCUAAAAGAAUGCAAGCGAAAGCGUCUCUACAAAGAGUCCUACUUCAAUCAAUGGAUUGACGUGCGUCAAACCUACAUGGAAUUCUACAAGGACACACCAAUGGGCCUCAUCGGCGCUCUCCACAGUCUCAAAAUGAACUUCGUCGGGCAAGAACACUGCGGUAUUGACGACGCGCGCAACACAGCGUACCUAAUCAAUCGCAUGGUCCAACAUGGCCUCCAUUUGGCCAACACAAAGUCAAUUUAACUUAAAAAUUAACUUGUUACAUUAACGACAGACGACAAACAUGCAAGUUCCAAGCAAGUUCUCGACAAAUUUUACAUUCGCAUCAACGUUCCACCUGCUUUUCAUGUUAUAUUAACAUAAAAAGCAGGCGAAACGUUGCGAUGGGAAUGUAAACGCGGCUGUGAUUAACUUAUUGCAACUUGAAGAGUGCUAUCAAACUAAUAUAUCGCAAAUUUAUACGAAAAUAUUUUCAAAUAGAAAAAUUAUUUGGUUA